CUAGCAUACUCCAUAACUUUGAUUGAGUCGCUACUUACUACUUUACCAUAGUCGCGACUUCGUAUUUGAGCGUUUGAGUAGCUAGAGUCACGAGUAUUGACUUUUGACUCUUGGGUCUUGAGUUUUGAUCGCUUCACCGUCGAAUGCUGAGCGUUGAGCAUUGACCAUUGGCUAUGGACUCAUGGCUGGCAAUCACACCUCGCUCCUUUGAUCUGCUGGGUGAGGAAUCCCCAUACUCAACACCACAGGCACAUCCAUCGACUUUUCCCCUACCCCGAUCGGCGCAGAAUUCAGCUUACGAUCAAGUUCGAUUACGAUAGAAGGUGCACAGGGAUAGAACCGUCAUUGAUACCUGUUCGCAUACCUGCAUUUCGUCAUGUUGAAUGCCGCCGAGUACCGGCAACUGCCCGGCGAGGAGGCCGCGGCGGAAGUUUUCGAAGAUGGAACGCCAGAGAGCGUCGAGGUGACCGGCAGGUGGCAGAUCCUGCCCAUGCGUCAAAAGGUCCUGGUCUACUUUCAGUUCGGGUUGCUCGGCGCCGGUGUUUUGUUGCCCUUCAACGCACUCAUUACUCCAUCCGAAUACUUUCGGGCGUGUUUCGCUUCCACUAAGUACGCGAACAAUUUCGCUUCUUGGAUUGUGGUUGGGUAUAAUGCAACGACCAUCGUCUUCAGUGCCCACGCCACUGCUACAUUGGAAAAAACGACGCCUCAAGCGCGAAUUACAAGGUCAGGGCUUUGCAUUCUCGGAUCGCUGCUCGCAUUCACACUCUCCACCUUCAUUGUGACGCAAGCGAACUCCGGAACGGCACAGCUUUACUUUGCCUUCGUAAUUUUGCUUUCGAUUUUUAUGGCAGCCGCCACUGCGUACUUUCAAAACGCAACCGUGGCACUCUCUGCGAGGUUUGGGCCUCUGUGCAUGGGCUCGAUGCUUUCUUUUCAAGGUGUUGUCGGCGCACUCAUAAGUCUUGUCCAGCUCAUCGCCGCUCUGUCCUUCGUUAAGGUGCAGAGUAUCUCCACAACUGAAACUGUGCCGAUCGAUGCCGAGACCAUCAAGUCUGCCACUGCCUUCUUCACCUUCACAACCGUGCUGAUGGCGAUUGUCUUGACGUCUUUCCGAAUACUCACGAGAACGCGGCUGUAUGCCGAGGUCGCCACGAAGGAUGCAGCUGCUAUGCAAGAAGCCGCCAUCGGAGCAUCACGGCCAAUCAGCUCCUUAGAGCGCCUUGUUAGUGUGCAGCGCAAGAUUUCUAGCCUUUGUUUUUCCAUCGCAAGCGUGUUUGGCAUCACAUUGUGCCUUUUUCCCGCAUUGACAUCGCGCGUCACGUCAUCAUCGGCAAAACCUGGCACGUCGUUGGCAUCACCCCUCAUCUUCUCAGCGGUACACUUCCUUGUCUUUAACACGCUGGACGUUGUCGGCCGGACAAUACCGUCGCUGGUGCCUCCGAAGCUCAUCCUGGAGCGAGGGUGGAUAUUCAUACUGUCGGCUCUGACAAGGAUCGCGUUCGUUCCCUUAUUCAAGCUUGGCCACCUGCAAACCACGCAUGCGCCACCUGCAGAACCUUCGGAUUCCCUGGAUUUGUUGUUGUCACGCGCAAAAAACGACAGUGUCUCAAUCCUACAGGCAGAUUGGGUAUUCUUCUUGCUCCUCUCUCUCUUCGCCAUUUCGAACGGUUACCUUUCCACAUCGCUAUUCCUUGCCGCUCCUAAUCACCCGCAACUCCGUGUGGACGAGCGGCAACCCGCGGCCACUAUACUCAGCUUUUGGCUGACGAUUGGAUUAGCAAUUGGCAGUGCACUAUCUUUCACUACUUCCAAUUGGUAGGGUCAGUCUCUCGUCGCGAAGGCUAUAAGUGAUCGCAGCGCUGUGAAGCGUGUACUUAUCGG